AUGCCGCUUCGACCGAUGGGCCGAGAGCAGAUAUGGAUGUUGCCGCCGACGCUUGACGAACUGUUGCCGUUGGACCAUCCGGCGCGAUUCGUGGCCGAGUUCGUUGACGCUUUGGACCGGGAGGACUGGGCGGAGCUUGGGGUGAAGAUAGACGGGGAGGUGCUGGGAGCGCCAGCCUACCAUCCACGUGCGCUGUUGAGCGUGUGGCUGUACGGCUUCAUGACCGGGUGUGCGCUCGUGCCGGAAGCUGGAGGCGGCCUGCCGGGACCAGAUACCGUACCUGUGGCUGACCGGGUGGCAGCAUCCUGA